GCUAGAAAGACGAGAUCAUUUCUGCAGACAGGUAGAAGAUGUGAGUGCGCAAUACUGGUGAUUCUGUGCUGAGUGGACGCGCAGCGGAAACUGGAAGGCGACAGUGCCUUGGAUUAUUUGAUAGGGCUUUAAUAAAAUUUAUUAUCAUAGCCGAUAUCAAACUUUUUCAGAUUGGUCAUUUCUUCCAUUCAUUAUUAUUGUUAUUGCACAAAAUAGCAUACUUAACUGUAGCCAUGUCCAUGUUUAUUUGGACAAUAGUGAUUAUUUUGAAUCUCUUAUUCAUGUUCACCAGAAUAAGCCAUUCCAUGGAAAGUGAUUUUUGUUUUCCAGAUCGCCUGGACCAGCAAACCGCGGAACACAAUUUUGUCCGCCCAGAAGAGGACAUUCAGCGGCAGCACGCUGUUUUUCGAAUUAAAGCAUUCAAGGAGAAUUUCGUACUUAAUUUAUUUCCAGAUUCCAACUUUCUUGCACCUACCUUCUCCGUGCAAACCACCGCAGCAAAUCCAGACCUGAGUCGCUGCUUUUACUCCGGUGAUGUCAACUCAGACAAGGAUUCCUAUGCUGCCUUGAGCCUGUGCAACGGUCUGCAAGGCGCAUUUGGUUACAAAGGGUGGGAAUAUUUCAUCAGUCCCGCGCGCAAUGAUUCGGCAUCUGGAAACAGCGGCUCCGCAGAGAGGGCGCACGUACUGCGACGCCGGAGGAACCUUAACCUGAGCGCCAAUGUGACUUCCAGGUGUAGUGUGGACUCCGGUCAGCAUCAUGACAUUUUGCAGUCCUUGGAAAGGUACAAACACAUGAAAGGGAUCAAUAAAGGGAAUAUGACUGAAUCUUCUUUAAAAGGCUUGGGCAGGUCCAAGAGGUUUGCUUCGGUGCCUCGAUACGUCGAGACCCUUAUUGUUGCAGAUGAGUCCAUGGCUAAAUUCCACGGCGACGACCUUAAGCAUUACCUUCUGACCCUCAUGUCAGUCGCCGCAAGGCUUUACAAGCACCCAAGCAUUCUCAACUCCAUCAACAUUGUAGUUGUCAAGUUUAUGGUGAUUACCGAAGCUGAGAAGGGACUCAAAGUUUCCGGCAACGCCGCGCUGACUUUGCGCAAUUUCUGCACGUGGCAGAAGAAGUUCAACAAAAACAACGACAAACAUGCUGAAUACUGGGAUACCGCUAUCCUCUUCACUAAACAGGACCUUUGCGGCGCCUCGACCUGCGACACCCUGGGCAUGGCCGACGUGGGCACCAUGUGCGACCCCAAAAGGAGCUGCUCUGUCAUCGAGGACGACGGCCUCCCUUCAGCCUUCACCACCGCGCACGAGCUCGGGCACGUCUUCAACAUGCCGCAUGACAACGUCAAGGCCUGCGAAGAUGUGUUUGGCAAGCUGAGCGAUAACCACAUGAUGUCUCCCACGCUGAUCCAGAUCGACCGCACCAGCCCUUGGUCUGCCUGCAGUGCAGCCAUCAUUACUGACUACCUGGACAGUGGUCACGGUGACUGCUUGCUGGAUCAGCCCCAGAGUGUUUUGGUCCUGCCCGACGUCCUCCCAGGAAUCACCUACAGCCUUAGCCGACAAUGCGAGCUGGCCUUCGGGAGCGGCUCCAAGCCUUGCCCGUACAUGCAGUCCUGUGCGAAGCUGUGGUGCACGGGCAAAGCCCGGGGCCAACUGGUCUGUCAAACGCGCCACUUCCCCUGGGCCGAUGGCACCAGCUGUGGGGACAGACAUCUGUGCUACCAGGGCGUCUGCAUGGACAAGGAUAACAUCACCAGGAUCAAGGUGGAUGGCCGAUGGGGGAAGUGGGGAGUGUUCGGCCCAUGCACUCGCACAUGCGGGGGUGGCGUGCAGCUGUCCAAACGGGAGUGCAACAGUCCUCUGCCAGCCGAAGGUGGGAAGUAUUGCCAGGGCAUCCGCAUCCGGUACCGCUCCUGCAACCUGGAAUCCUGUCCAGACACAGGUAAAAGCUUCCGUGAGGAGCAGUGUGAGGCCUUCAACGGCGUCAGCCUCAACACCAACCGCCUUACCCCAUCUGUGGUGUGGGUCCCCAAAUUCUCUGGAGUUUCCCCCAAAGAUCAAUGCAAGCUUAUCUGCAGAGCCAACGGCACAGGCUACUUCUAUGUCCUUGCUCCCAAAGUAGUGGAUGGGACUCCCUGCUCCCCUGACUCCUCUUCUGUCUGCGUCCAGGGAAAGUGCAUGAAAGCAGGCUGUGAUGGCAAGCUCAGCUCCAAGAAGAAGUUUGACAAGUGCGGUGUGUGCGGGGGCGACAACCGUGGCUGCAAAAAGGUCUCGGGGCUCUUCACCAAACCCAUACAUGGCUACAACUUUGUGGUGAUGCUUCCCGUUGGCGCCUCCAACAUUGACAUUCGGCAACGUGGCUACAAGGGUCUGGUGAAUGACGACAACUACCUGGCGGUGAAGGACAGCAAGGGGCAGUACCUGCUGAACGGGAACUACGUGGUGUCAGCCGUGGAGCGGGACAUCCUGGUGCGUGGCAGCCUGCUGCGGUACAGUGGCACGGGCAUGGUGGCGGAAACGCUGCAGGCUGUCAAGCCCUUGAAGGAGGCGCUAACGGUGGAGGUGCUCUCCGUGGGCAAGAUGACACCACCACGCAUCCGCUACUCCUACUACCUGGCCAAGGAGAGCAAGGAGGAGAGGACCCUGAAGAAGGAGGGCAGGAGCAAAGCCGAGAACAGCGUGCUGGUCGACAGCAAUAAGGUGGAGCUGAAGAAGCCAACAUACGUGCAGAAUAAGUGGAUGGCGGCGGGCUGGGACGAGUGCUCGGUGACGUGUGGCAGUGGGCUGCAGAAGAGGAUGGUGCAGUGCCUGGACCCGGAGGGUCACUCCGCCACUGACUGCGACUCUGCCUUGAGGCCCAGUGCCCUGAGGUUCUGCGGUGACCCCUGUCCUGACUGGGAUGUCGGGGAAUGGUCUCCGUGCUCCAAGACCUGUGGCAAAGGCUUCAAGAGGAGGGUGCUGCGUUGCAUCACCGUGGCGGGGGAUCUGCGGCCACGGGACCAUUGUGCCGGCAAGCGGAAGCCGCAGGAGCUGGACUUCUGUACGUUGCGGCCUUGCUAAGUUCUUGCACCCCCAUCUUCCUCUAAAUUUUUUUUUCCUACGUAUUGGACGAAAGAAAGGGAUGACUAUCAUUUAACAGUCUAGAACCAUGCUUGUCCUCUUGAGAAAGAUACACGGACAAUUAAAGGGAGGAGCAGCGAAAAGCAAAUGAGGAAUAGCGAUCACAUACUCUGCAGGCCACUGAUUUCAUAUACAGAGCUGGAGUUCAGCCCAGGCAUCUACCUCCAUUUAAAAAUGGCUGUUAAACACACUCAAACACACGUCAUAUACCGAGUGUGAACAUGUGUGCCAAUGCAACUGUAUGCCGUUUACCUAAUUAAAGACGUCCAGAUAUGAAAUUCAAAAAUAUUAAUUAAAGGUCUUUGAUAGUCUCAAAAACAUCAGGUGGUACUGAAAGCAGCAGGCCAUUUUCUUCAGAUUAAUAAAGAAGUACCUACACUGGCAAAAUUAAGAUUUUAAAAGAUCAUUACAUCGAUGCCUUUAGAUAUCUGCAGAGAUGUAUCGUUUUGUUUUGAGUUGCCAUAUAUGGUUAUACAAGGAUGUUGGGCCAAGGCAUUACGUCACGGCAUUCUGAGUCCUUGAAGAUGUGAAUAUCAAGUUAUGCUUAUGUAGGUUCCACAUAAUUCAGCUGAAUCAGUCAAGGACUGUUAAAAUUGAGAAUGGAUUAACUAGGAAGCCUUAAGCGCUUUCUUUUUAAAAAUCUUACAUUCAAUAAAACCCAAAUAGAGGAUUUUGCUAACGCAUUCCUGUGGUUUCACAGACUCUUAUUAGCCUGAACUCCUUAAUGGUAAGUGCGCCCGUCAAGACAGUUAAAAUAACAUUUUGCAGAAAGUGCCUCAUUUAUGCUUGCACAUCUGGCAUGGCUCCAAGCAGCAUAGUGCGGCAUGGAUUUGCCCUGUCUCUUCGCUAUGGCUGUCUUUCCUUUUGACAUUGUGUUUGUGUGCCAAGAGACCAGUCUGGAUUCAGUGGAGUCAGCAACCGAGGUACUGGCAUGGAUCCAACCUAAAGUGAAUUUCUGCACUAGACCGUCAUUCGACAGGAAAGGAGUACCUGUUGACCUAAUGAGAUAAACCAAACAGGACUCGCUGGGGUACCUCCAUACACAUUGGCAUACACUUAGAUCUGUUAGUUGCAUCUGUUUCCCCUGACUGCGGCUGAAUCAUUGUUUUAAUGUAACACUGAACAGUAGCUGUCCAUCAGGUGGGUUGGUACCCUCUUCUUGGCCUUUGGCAGAGAACUCUGCUCUCGUUGAUGCUUUGAGGUUGUUAAUCUUGCCUUCUUGUAAGCUGCAGAUGAAUAAAUCAGGACAAAUGUUUUACUGCAUUUCAGUAAAAGGCAUUAUGAGGUAUCAUCUCAAAUCUUAUAUCAGUGCUUAUCAGAGGUGUGUAGUUAAGAUGCAGAAAGUAAACAUCCAGACCAAGAGUUUGUUUCAACCAUCAGUUGAGCAUAAAGAGUCACAGAGAACUCAACUGGUGGGUUGAAACAAAAUCUUGGUCUGGAUUUUUACUUUCUGGACCUGAACUAUGCACCUCUGGUACUCAUUAAUAUAUUAAGCAUGCUUUCUGACGAUGCAUUUGGUGCUCAGUGUCAACAUGAGGAAUGUGAUGUCUUUCAUAAGGGAAUCCUGCAGCUGUCAUGUCAUCUACUUUGGGAGGACGGUGAUUUUUUUAAUCUGGUGUGAGCGACACUCUCUUCCUUCACUCACAGUGACUAAUCUGUGCAAUGCGUCUCUGUUUGUGAUGGCAGUUUACGGAUCACACUAGCUAGCAAAUGUCAUAAGUGCGGGUUGAGAAGCAGGUGAUGCAUCAUAAAAGGGCCGUAAGAAAGAAGCAUCUGACCUGAAUACAAAAUGAAUCUUUCAGAGGCUGAAAUGGUAGCACUUUACUUGAACCUGUCUUCUAUGAUGCGUUAUAGAUACCUUCAAAAUGCAUUAUUAAGGUCGAUAUAAGAAUUAAUAAAGCAUUACAGCAUCUUUUAUUGACAGUCAUAUGGCAUUGACAUAUGAUACUUCAUAAGCUCCAAUGAAGCUCUCAUCCAUAAUGCACUAUAGAUACCUUCAUAAUGCAUUCUGAUGGUCGGUAUAAGCAUUAAGCAUGCUUUGAAAUGCAUUAUAAAAGUAUCUAUAGUACAUAAUAAAUGAGAGCUUCAUAAAGCAUUCAUAAUGCAUAAUAAAAAUGACUAUAAUGUGUUAUGACUCAUUUUUAUAAUGCUUUAUAUAAUGCAUGAAUGCAUGUCACAAAUGUGUUCAUAGAUUCUUAUAGACAUGGCAUUAACAGAAAGUGCUACCAUUAAAAUUCCAAUUGGCCCAACAUGUGAAGCAUGUAGAUGUAUUUUCCAACAGUCUGGUUUACCGGGAGUGCAGCAGUCUUGGCCGUAACUAGGCUAUGUGACCCUCACUGGUCUGAAAACGUUCCUCUCCCAAACUCAGCAGUACAGCUGUCACUAUCGUGCUCUGUCUGGUACAGUUGCCAUUAAUAAGUUAUUGUGAUUAAAUAUAUAAUGUGGCAAAAAAGGCAUGGUUUUUGUAUUGCUGUACAUGUAUCACCCAGUUGGACUCUCAGUUUCUCAACUGUAUGUGUAUCUAGUUUAUGAAAACUUUGUAAUCCACUACGUAUUGUUUAUUAUUUUAUUAUUGAUGUUAUUAUUUUUGCUUUGGUUCGGAGGGGACCACAUCUUCCAUCUAAAAGAUGGUUCCUGUAUUAUUUGGAAUGUUUUCUUUUGCACAUUGUACAGCAAAAGAAAUAAAUGUUAAUUCAGCUGCGUCGUAUGCUAUGUAUACAUUCAUUCAGCUGUGUACCAAUAAAUAAUGUAAAUACCGUCAA